AUGGCUAAUAAUGGGGAGCAUGCACUUAAGGUCCUGUUUAAGCUCCUACUUGGCAGAGUGAGCUGCAGGGAAGUGGCCCUCUUUCUCACUGCACUGGGUGCCUUCAACCUCCUCUUCCUCAGCUGGGUCGCUGUCAUCCUGUACGUCACCAGAGUGGAACACUGGCCUUCUGCCAGGGACGUACCCUGGGAGCAGCUGUGUGGACUGGCUGCCCUCCUCUUAGUAUUCAAUGCUGUGAUCAACUGUGGGGCUACAGUAACCUUCCCUGUCUUGGUGUCGUUGGGAGCAUUUCUGAGCAUACCAGUAAACGCCGUCACUGAUGUUUAUUGUGGUACGAUGCCAGGCCUUGGUGACGUGAGACUAGCUGCCCUACUUGUCCUUUGCCUGGCCUUCUUGCUGCUGCUGCUGCCGGAAGAAUGGGACUCCAUCGCCCUGGAUCUCCUGACCAAGCUCAGAGGGAAGACAGCGAAGGGGGAACUGGGGCCCAAAAGUGCUGAGAGCAGCUCGCCGGUGGGGGUCCGAAUCAGGGUGACUGGGGUGGGCUCUUUAGUCACCAGUCUGAGGAGCUCGUAGACGAGGGACAGUCCCACAGAAUAGGGAGAUUUUCCAUGCUCCAAUUCAAUGAAUUAACUACACGGAGUAAAGAUGGCAGCCAAUGUGUUACAGCUGUAGUAUGUAGAGGCUGGUGGACCCCAGUGCUUUCCAUUGUGACCCACUUCUACUGCUCGAGGAAUUUCAGCUCAGAGUUGAUGGAGUGUAGGAGGUUGAUAAGUGACCUUACAGAAUGAGGGGUAUAGAUAGGGUUAAUGG